AUGGUACUCGAGGUCGUUGACUGGACGGCUCAUCCGGGUGAUUCGCCUUGCCGGUUCGCUCUCAAUCCCGUUGACUGGAAGUCUGUCGAUCUCUCGCCCAGCCCCGAUGCCACCUGGGGCACGGAUUUCUCCGGAGAGGUAGUUGCAGUAGGCGGAGCCUGUCAAUCCCACUUCGCGGUGGGUGAUUCGGUCUAUGGAGCGGCCUUUGGGAAUAACCCCGAGGAUGCCACCCAGGGCGCCUUCGCUGAGUAUGUGGCCAUUCCUGGCGAGCUAGUGUACAAGAUUCCUCCAGAAAUGUCAUUUCAGCAGGCAGCUACGGUAGGCACGGGCUUGGCUACUGCCAGUCUGACGCUCUACCAAACACUCGGUCUGUCGUGGCCCAAUCAGCCUGUCCAGGACGCACAGUAUGUUCUCGUCUAUGGCGGGGGAACUGCGUCUGGGUGCUACGUCCGGCUACAUCCCCGUCACUUCCCUGACCACCAGGCGCUCGAGAUCCUCCAGAACAUUAUUCCCGCCAUGGAUGCCGAGUCCCGCAUUGUGAUUGAUGACGGGGUACCUCCGGAGAAGGGGGCGCGGUGGGCAGAAACUGGAACGGACAUCUGCAUUAUGAGUGCUCUGGGGUCGAAGGCGCGGACUCAGCGGCAGUGGGAGGAGCUGGCUGCAAAGGCCGGACUGCAGCUUCAAGCUCUCUACCAGAACACCUGGCCAGUGGUAAAUGCGGCCAUGAUGUUUGGCCUGCAGUAG